AAUAUACAAUGUCGGUAUGAUAAGAAGUACUUCAGACUGUUGCGUAAAUAAUGUCUAUAUUAAACAAAGGAAUAUUAUUAGUUCAGAGAAUAAAAAAUUGUAUUAAGAAUGCAAAAUGAACUUAGAAGUUGAAUAAAUAAAAUUCUGACAAAUAAUUCAAUGUUUUUUCGAAGAUCUUAUUCAUCUGUGAAGGAAAAAUCUGUUUUAAUAUCAAAGUCUAAUAAUGUGUUUGAAAAUCUCGCUUUAGAACAUUGGUAUUAUCAGAAUCAUGAUUUUACUAAUAAAUCCCUGUUGCUCCUUUGGAUAAAUCAUAAUUGUGUUGUUAUUGGUCGCCAUCAAAAUCCUUGGUUAGAAGUCAAUUAUGAUCCCACAAGAGAUAUUUGUUUAGCAAGAAGACAAAGUGGAGGAGGUACUGUUUAUCAUGAUAAAGGAAAUUUAAAUUUAACAUUUUUUACACAUAAAGAUAUGUAUAACAGGAAAAAUAAUUUAGAACUCAUAGCUAAAAGUUUAAAAAACGAAUGGAAUAUUGUUACAAAAAUUAAUAAACGGGAAGAUAUAACUAUAGAAAAUAAGUAUAAGAUUUCGGGUACUGCAUCAAGGUUGGGAAGACCAAAUGCAUACCAUCAUUGCACAUUGUUAAUAAACUGUAAUCGUCAUUUGAUGUCAAACUUGUUAAGGAAACAUGAAAAAUGUAUAGAAACAAAUGCAACAGUUAGUGUUCCUUCAAGUGUUAUUAACUUAAAGGAAAUUAAUGAAAGAAUAUCUAUUAAUAGAUUAGUAACAGUAAUUGGACUUGAUUAUCUUAAUUCAAUAAACAAUAAGAAUACAGUUAAUUACGGAUUUAAUUACAUUAAGCCAGAUGAAAAGAUAUUCCCAGGAUUAAACAAAAUUAAAGAAGAAUUAGAAAGUUGGGAUUGGAGAUAUGGUCGAACACCAAAGUUCAAAAUUACAAUUACCUUAAAAAAUCAGAGCGCACAUGCUGUUGUAAAAAAUGGAAUUAUUGAAAAUAUUUCAUCACAAAUGAAUGUGAAUUUAGAUAAAUUUAUUAAUGUAAAGUUUAGUGAAAAUAUUAUUGAAGAUAUUAAAAAAUGUUUAAAAACAAGUUGAUUUCUAUUUAAAUAUGUGUAUCUAUUAACUGUUAUAGAAAUUUGAGUGAAAAAAUUUUAUAUGAACAACUUUUCAUAUAAUUUUUUUUGAGCUUAUCUGUAGAAUUUUUUAAAAGUAAUAACCCAGUAUCUUGAAUAUUUCAAAU